AUGGCUGGUCAGGAGGAUCCAGUGCAGAGAGAGAUCCACCAAGACUGGGCAAAUCGAGAGUACAUUGAAGUUAUAACCAGCAGCAUUAAGAAGAUCGCGGACUUUCUUAAUUCUUUUGAUAUGUCCUGCCGAUCUCGCCUGGCGACCCUCAACGAGAAGCUCACAGCGCUGGAAAGGAGGAUUGAAUACAUAGAAGCUCGAGUAACAAAGGGUGAGACCCUGACAUAA